AUGGGCAGGUGUCAUACGGACUGCUUGGAGAAGCCACUCUCCAAGGGAUUUCGGCAUCUCGGAAAACUGAUUGCCAAACAUCCUUGGUGGUUCAUAAUUGUUCCAAUUGUCCUAUCAGUUGGGUUCGGAGCAGGUUUUUGUUUUCUAGAGCAAAGACAAAUUAAUAGCAUGGAAGACCAAUUCACUCCGGUGGGUGGUGCAGCAAAGGCAGAGAGGGACUUUGUUAGGAUUCACUUCCCAGUCAAUGAUUCUGGAAACUUUUCUGUUCAACGGAUGUAUAAGCAGGGCACUUUCGCUUCGCUUAUCAUUGUAAGCUUGCCCGAUAAUAUCUUGAAUAGGAGCAUAUUUGAGGAAGUGCAUGCCUUGGACAUAGCAGUGAAGGGGUUGAUGUGUCCCUCAAAUAGCAGCUUCUAUCAGCUAUGUGCCCAAGUCAAUGGUUCCUUGUGUCUUCCUGCCAACCCUUUGCUUGCUCACAUGCAGAACAUAGAGGACGUCACGUUCACCUAUCCCAUGUUCCAGAACACAGUCUUCCUGGGAUUGUACCUUGGAGGAGUAACAAUAGGGCCUCAAAACCGAGUUAUAGCGGCUAAAGCCCUUAGGCUUUUGUAUUAUCUCAAGGAAGACAGUGAUCAUGAACAAGACAACAACCUGCAAUGGCUCAAUCACUUCAUAACAACUAUUCCUCAGAAAAUCCAUGAGUUGCAACUAAAAUCUAUAAAGGUUUUCUAUUCCACAUCUAUUUCUCUAAAAAAUCAGCUGGAAAGAACUGUAACGACAUUUAUCCCCUAUUUUUCCAUCACCUACUUAGUGACAGCGUUAUUUUCUAUUGUGUCUUGCAUGAGAUUGGACAAUAUAAGAAACAAGAUCUGGGUUACUGCAUUUGGCGUGUUUUCACCUGGGCUGGCUAUAUUGACCAGUUUUGGGCUGCUUUUACUUUGUGGGGUACCCUUUUCCAUAACGGUUGUAAAUGCACCAUUUCUCAUUCUCGGAGUUGGGGUUGACAACAUGUUCAUUAUAAUCUCGUGUUGGCAGCAAACAAAGGUGAAGGAUACACUUGAAAAGAGGAUGGCUGAUACUUAUCAGGAGGCAGCAGUUUCCAUAACCAUAACCACUCUCACAGACGUUUUAGCUUUUUACAUUGGCCUGAUGACACAUUUUCCUUCAGUGCAGUCAUUUUGCUUUUACAGUGGCACGGCUCUCGUCUUUUGUUACCUAUAUUGCAUUUGCUUUUUUGGUGCUGUCCUGGCGCUAAACGGUAAACGGGAGAGUGAAAAUCGGCAUUGGUUAACUUGCGCAAAAUUAAAUGGCACGCAAGCAUCACUAAACAGCCCCACAUACAACGUGUGUUGUGUUGGAGAAUGUGUUGGACUUGGUGCAAUACAAGAGACUGAAACGGAACAUCCUAUAACAAGAUUCUUUCAUAAAUAUUAUGGACCUUUUCUGACAAACUUUUGGACAAAAUUCAUUGUUUUAUUUUUAUAUUUGGGCUUUCUGAUCAGCAGUAUUUUUGGGUGUAUUCAGAUACAGGAGGGUAUCGAUAUUCGCUAUCUUGCCAAUGACGGUUCUUCCUUAUUGCAAUUUUUUAACGAAGAAGCACUUUAUUUUUCCGAAUAUGGCCCAAGGGUAAUGGUUGUGGUUUCCAAUGACGCAGAAUACUGGGAGAUAAAGACUCGCCAACUCAUUGAGACUUGCAUGCGGGAGCUGGAGAAGAAUUAUUAUGUUGCAGAAGAAUCUACUGUGUCCUGGCUUAGAACCUACGAAAGAUUGUCAGACAUGGCACAGCUAAACAUCAGUGGUAAAGAAAACUUUAUAAAACAUCUCGAUUUACUGUACGCAAAAUUUCCAGAGUUUAAACAGGAUGUGGAACAGCGAGGAAAUGAAAUAAAAGCUUCUCGUUUUUUCAUUCAGACUUUUCAUUUGUUAACCAGCCAGGAUGAGAAACAGAUGUUAAUCCAGUUGCGUAAAAUUGCUGAUAACUGUGAUGUAAAUGUUAUUGUAUAUCAUCCAAUAUUUAUUUACUUGGAUCAAUAUGUUAUAAUAAUUCAAAGUGCAAUUCAAAAUAUUAUCGUGGCUACGGCUGUCAUGCUUGUCAUAUCCUUACUUUUCAUCCCAAAUCCACUUUGUUCCUUAUGGGUAACGUUUACGAUAACCUCCAUUAUACUCGGCGUCAUAGGCUUCAUGGGAUAUUGGAGAGUUAAUUUAGAUUCCAUAUCAAUGGUAACUCUAGUUAUUUGCAUUGGAUUCUCUGUUGACUUCUCAGCCCACAUCGCUUAUGCAUACGUUUCUAAUAAGAAGACCAAUGCAAAUGAACGAGUGAUUGAUGCUCUGCACGUUCUUGGUUACCCUAUUGUACAAGGAGCAUUGUCGACAAUCUUGGGGAUUUUGGCUCUCUGCGCUGCUGAGAGUUAUAUUUUCAAAACAUUUUUUAAGAUCAUGUUCUUAGUCAUUACUUUUGGGGCCCUUCAUGGUCUUGUAUUUAUUCCAGUAUUCUUGACUUUAUUCGGGGCGUACGAAAUUACAUGUAGCGAAAAAGUAAAACCGCAAAACACAAAUAUUCUAACAACAUCAGAGCUAAUUUCAGGGUGUCCAGAGGAGUAUGACAACAAGAUGAGGAUGCAAGAGCUACCAGGCAAUGUGAGGCCAAUGACCACUGUAAUGAAUGUUACCGAGCUCUGCAAGUUUUAUUGCUAUCAGAGCUGCCAGAACAAUGUUUUCACUGAUCUGCAGACAGUGAGUGAUCUCAAGGUAGAAAAUGAAUGCAGAAACAAUCAAUUACAAUACAGGAGGAGAAUGUUGGAACUGUACUUGGAAGGUAAAAUUGAUCCUGAUUGUCCUUGA